GUGACGUACUGUGCUUGGCCGGCCCUGCAGUGGGCUGUAGUUCUGUUGUGGUGGUUGAGCCCUUUGAGGGGAAAAUGGCUUGGACUGCGGCGGCUGCGACGGCUCUGGUUGCAGUGGAGGCAGAGGCUCAGGCAGCGUGAGGUCUUGCUAUUUUGGAAGCUACAAGAGAAAAUAGAUUAAGGGAAGAUUUGGUCUUCUUAUUGGACAUGGCUCAGAUAUCAAGCAACAAUGGAUUUAAACAGUGUUCAUCUUCCCAUCUGGAUCCAACAAGAACAAAAGAAGUGGACAAAGAAGAAGCAUUACAGAUGGAAGCAGAGGCUUUAGCAAAACUGCAGAAGGAUAGACAAGUGACUGACAGUCAAAGAAGCUUUGAGUGGUCAAGCAGCACCAGACAAAAAGCACAAGUUUUAAACAAACAGGAUUAUGAUCUUAUGGUGUUUCCUGAAUCAGAGUCCCACCAGAGAGCAGUUGAUAUUGAUGUAGAAAAGCUCACCCAAGCUGAACUUGAGAGACUAUUAUUGGAUGAUGGUUUUGAGACUAGAAGAACACCUGUGUUGCCCGUUACUCCUGUUCUGAGCCCUUCAUUUUCAGCACAGCUCUAUCUUAGACCUACUAUUCAGAGAGGACCAUGGCUACCUGGAUUAUCUGGGCCUUCCACUUACACUUCUAUUUAUCCCUCAACUUACAGUAAACAGGCUGCAUUCCAGAAUGGCUUCAAUCCAAGGAUGCCUACUUUUCCAUCUACUGAACCUAUAUAUUUAAGACUUCCCGGACAGACUCCAUAUUUUUCGUAUCCUUUGACACCUACCACCCCCUUUCAUCCACAAGGAAGCUUACCAAUCUAUGGUCCAGUAGUCAGUCCUGACAUGGCAAAACUAUUUGACAAAAUAGCCAGUACAUCCGAAUUUUUAAAAAAUGGCAAAGCAAGGACUGAUUUGGAGAUAACAAAUUCAAAAGCUACUGUCAACAAUCUACAGGUAUCUCCAGAGACUGAGGAUAUUAGUAAAUUUGACUGGCUAGACUUGGAUCCUCUAAGUAAGCCGAAGGUGGACAAUGUGGAAGUACUAGACCAGGAAGAAUACAAACAUGUUCCAAGUUUGCUAGCAGAGGAUCCUUGGGAUGCUGUUCUUCUAGAAGUGAGAUCACCUGCAAGUGGUCACCUCGAAAGAAAGAUGAAUGGAAAAUCUUUUUCUGGGGCAACUGUAACAAGAAGCCAGUCUUUAAAUAUUCGAACAACUCACCUUACGGAAGUCCAGGGCCAAAUACCUCAGAAAGACUCACCUGGGACCAAUAGUUUGCCAACUGGAAGUUCUCUUCUACAACAAAUUGAAGUACAGAAUGAGGAGAUGACAGCUUUUUGUCAAUCCAUUGCAAAAUUGAAGAACAAAUUUCCAUACUUCAAUCAUUGCACAAAUCCAGGCUAUUUGUUAAGUCCAGUCACAGUGCAAAGAAAUGUAUGUGGAGAAAAUGCUAGUGUGAAGGUCUCCAUUGAAAUUGAAGGAUUUCAACUACCUGUUACUUUCACAUGUGAUGUGAGUUCCACAGUAGAAAUCAUUAUAAUGCAAGCCCUUUGCUGGGUUCAUGAUGACUUGAAUCAAGUAGAUGUUGGCAGCUAUGUCCUGAAAGUUUGUGGUCAAGAGGAGGUGCUGCAGAACAACCAUUGCCUUGGAAGUCAUGAACAUAUUCAAAACUGUCGAAAAUGGGACACAGAGAUUAAAUUACAACUCUUGACCUUCAGUGCAAUGUGCCAGAAUCUAGCCAGAACAGCAGAAGAUGAUGAAACACCCGUGGAUUUAAACAAAUACCUGUAUCAAAUAGAAAAACCUUAUAAAGAAGUCAUGACAAGACACCCUGUUGAAGAACUCUUAGAUUCUUAUCACAACCAAGUGGAACUGGCUCUUCAAAUUGAAAACCAGUACCGAGCUGUAGAUCAAGUAAUUAAAGCUGUAAGAAAAAUCUGUAGUGCUUUAGAUGGUGUAGAGACUCCUGCCAUUACAGAAUCAAUAAAGAAGCUAAAGAGAGCAGUUAACCUUCCAAGGAGUAAAAGUGCUGAUGUGACUUCACUAUCUGGAGGAGAUACUAGCAAAAGCUCAACUGGAGGCUCCCUGAAUCUUGAAAAUCCUGUUCAAGUGAGCAUGGACCAAUUAACUGCAGCAAUUUAUGAUCUUCUCAGACUUCAUGCAAAUUCUGUUAGGAGUCCUGAAGACUGUACUCACAGUAGGAACAUCAAGGAAGCGUGGACCACCGCAGACCAGCUCCAGUUUACUAUUUUUGCUGUACAUGGAAUUUCAAGUAACUGGAUAUCAAAUUAUGAGAAAUACUACUUGAUAUGUUCCCUAUCACACAAUGGAAAGGAUCUUUUUAAACCUAUUCAAUCAAAGAAGGUUGGCACUUACAGAAAUUUCUUCUAUCUUAUUAAAUGGGAUGAACUAAUUAUUUUUCCCAUCCAGAUAUCACAAUUGCCAUUAGAAUCACUUCUUCAUCUUACUCUUUUUGGAAUUUUAAAUCAGAGCAGUGGAAGUUCCCCUGAUUCUAAUAAGCAGAGGAAGGGCCCAGAAGCUUUGGGCAGAGUUUCUUUGCCUCUUUUUGACUUUAAACGGUUUUUAACGUGUGGAACUAAACUUCUAUAUCUUUGGACCUCUUCGCAUACAAAUCCUAGUCCUGGAACAAUCCCCAAAAAAGGAUGUGUCAUGGAAAGAAUAGUACUACAGGUUGAUUUUCCUUCUCCUACGUUUGAUAUUAUUUACACAACUCCUCAAGUUGACAGAGGCAUUAUACAGCAAUACAACUUAGAAACACUGGAAAAUGAUAUAAAAGAAAAACUUCUUGAUAUUCUUCACAGAGACUCAUCACUUGGGCUUUCUAAAGAAGAUAAAGCCUUUCUGUGGGAGAAACGGUAUUACUGCUUCAAACACCCAAAUUGUCUUCCUAAAAUACUAGCAAGUGCCCCAAACUGGAAAUGGGUUAAUCUUGCCAAAACCUACUCAUUGCUUUACCAGUGGCCUCCAUUGUAUCCACUGGCUGCAUUGGAGCUUCUUGAUUCAAAAUUUGCUGAUCAGGAAGUGAGAACCCUAGCUAUGACCUGGAUUGAGGCCAUUAGUGAUGAUGAGCUGACAGAUCUCCUUCCACAGUUCGUGCAAGCUUUGAAAUACGAAAUUUACUUGAAUAGUUCAUUAGUGCACUUCCUUCUGUCCCGGGCAUUGGGAAAUAUCCAGAUAGCACACAAUUUAUAUUGGCUUCUCAAAGAUGCCCUGCAUGAUACCCAGUUUGGUACCCGAUAUGAACAUGUGUUGGGUGCUCUCCUCUCAAUAGGAGGGAAAAGACUCAGAGAAGAACUUUCUAAGCAGACGAAAUUUGUACAACUACUAGGUGGAGUAGCAGAAAAAGUAAAGCAGGCUAGUGGAUCAGCCAGACAGGUUGUCCUCCAAAGGAGUAUGGAAAGAGUACAGUCCUUUUUCUUGAGAAAUAGAUGCCGUCUCCCUCUCAAGCCAAGUCUGGUGGCAAAAGAGUUAAAUAUUAAGUCAUGUUCCUUCUUCAGUUCUAAUGCCGUGCCCCUAAAAGUCACCAUGGUGAAUGCUGAUCCAAUGGGGGAAGAAAUUAAUGUCAUGUUUAAGGUUGGUGAAGAUCUUAGGCAAGAUAUGUUGGCUUUACAGAUGAUAAAGAUCAUGGAUAAGAUCUGGCUUAAAGAAGGCCUUGACUUGAGGAUGGUAAUUUUCAGAUGUCUCUCAACUGGCAGAGAUCGAGGCAUGGUGGAGCUAGUUCCUGCUUCAGAUACCCUCAGGAAAAUCCAAGUGGAAUAUGGUGUGACUGGAUCCUUUAAAGAUAAACCACUUGCUGAGUGGCUAAGGAAAUAUAAUCCCUCUGAAGAAGAAUAUGAAAAGGCUUCUGAGAAUUUUAUCUAUUCUUGUGCUGGAUGCUGUGUAGCCACCUAUGUUUUAGGCAUUUGUGAUCGACACAAUGACAAUAUAAUGCUUCGAAGUACAGGACACAUGUUCCACAUUGACUUUGGAAAGUUUUUGGGCCAUGCACAGAUGUUUGGUAGCUUUAAAAGGGAUCGGGCUCCGUUUGUGCUUACCUCUGAUAUGGCAUAUGUCAUUAAUGGGGGAGAAAAGCCUACCAUUCGUUUCCAGUUGUUUGUGGACCUCUGCUGUCAGGCCUACAACUUGAUAAGAAAGCAAGCAAACCUCUUUCUUAACCUCCUUUCACUGAUGAUUCCUUCAGGCUUACCAGAACUUACAAGUAUUCAAGACUUGAAAUAUGUUAGAGAUGCACUGCAACCCCAGACUACGGAUGCAGAAGCUACAAUUUUCUUCACUAGGCUGAUUGAGUCCAGUUUGGGAAGCAUUGCUACAAAGUUUAACUUUUUCAUUCACAACCUUGCUCAGCUUCGUUUUUCUGGUCUUCCUUCUAAUGAUGAGCCCAUCCUUUCAUUUUCACCCAAAACAUACUCCUUUAGACAAGAUGGUCGAAUCAAGGAAGUGUCUGUUUUCACAUACCAUAAGAAAUACAACCCAGACAAACAUUAUAUAUAUGUGGUGCGAAUUUUGAGAGAAGGACAAUUUGAACCAUCAUUUGUGUUCCGGACAUUUGAUGAAUUUCAAGAACUUCAUAACAAGCUCAGCAUUAUUUUUCCACUUUGGAAAUUACCUGGCUUUCCUAAUAGGAUGGUUCUAGGAAGAACACACAUAAAAGAUGUAGCAGCCAAAAGAAAAAUUGAGUUAAACAGUUAUUUACAGAGUCUGAUGAGAGCUUCAACAGAUGUAGCAGAGUGUGAUCUUGUUUGUACUUUUUUCCACCCUUUACUUCGUGAUGAAAAAGCUGAAGGAAUAACUAGGUCUGCAGGUGCAGGUCCCUUCAGUCCUACUGCAGGCCAAGUAGGAGGAGCAGUGAAGUUAUCUAUCUCUUACCGCAAUGGUACUCUCUUCAUCAUGGUGAUGCACAUCAAGGAUCUUGUCACUGAAGAUGGGGCUGACCCAAACCCAUAUGUCAAAACAUACCUACUUCCAGAUACCCACAAAACAUCCAAGCGUAAAACAAAAAUUUCACGAAAAACUAGGAAUCCAACAUUCAAUGAAAUGCUUGUGUACAGUGGAUAUAGCCAAGAAACUCUAAGACAAAGGGAACUUCAGCUUAGCGUACUCAGCGCAGAAUCUCUGCGAGAGAACUUUUUCUUGGGUGGAAUAACCCUGCCUUUGAAGGAUUUCAACUUGAGCAAAGAGACAGUUAAGUGGUAUCAGCUUACUGCCGCAACGUACUUGUAAACCAGUCAGUUUCUGAGCUUUGGAAGCAAGAACAGUUAUAAAUUUAUGCACACAUGCAUGCACAAACACACUUGUGAACUUUGUAUAGUAUUUUUAUACUUGAGCAGAAGUUAUAAAGUUAAAUAUAUUUGCUGCAUUUCAGUACAUCUGUUGGACCAACAGUCACAUAACUUUUAUAAAAUUUGGGAAGCCGUUUAACAAUAUAUAUGUCCUGAAAAAGACUUUGAGGUUGUACUACAUCAGUUUGGCCACCUAUUCUGGAUUCUUAUUCAGACAUAGUGUAUGUUUUCCUGUUAUGUACUUUUUACAACCUUUACCACUGUGUAUGUUCACAACCACCAAAGUAAAGGAAAGAUGCAGAAUGUUACCAAAAAACACAGCUGCUAUUCACUGGGUUGAAAAGCAAAGCACAAAUAGUAGAUAGCUAUGUUAAGAACUACUAAGUAGUUUAUAGAAGUAGGGGAAAAUACUGUUUUUUAUUGAUUAUUAAAAGCGUUUUUCAUAAUAAGUGCCAAUCACUGAAGUUGUAAAUAAUGGUGCCUUACUUAACUUGAUAUGCUUCCUUGGCACUUCAUAUCUGAUUUUUUUUCUGACUUGAUAAACAAUAAAUAGUUUUCAUUCACUUUCAACUUACUAAGAAUAAAGAUUAUGCUCAUUUACUAAUUUUUUUCCCACAAAAAGAUUAUUUUCUCCACUUCUGAUGUGAUUUAUUUUAACGUGAAGCUGUGUAAGGUUUGUUUUGUUUUGUUUUUCCCCCCAGUAACUGAAUGAGAUUCACCGAGUCAUUGCAUACAAUUCUAUCAUUCCGUUAUACUUCUACAUUUACUUCCAGAGUGUGAAUUGAAAUUGAGUAAUUUCACUUCCAUAUAUUUAUACUUUAUUCCCUCAUUAAACAAAUGAAAAUUGUUCACCCCUAUGCCCAUUCCUGCUUGCUGUAACAACUCCGAGAGUAGGGCAGACUCUUCACAGGAGGCCCAGGACAGGGCCUAUUGUGGUGAUGGUGAACCUUUUAGACCUUUCAGUGAUACAAACAGCCCACGUGGCACAUGUGCCAUAGAUUCACCACCACUGGCUUAAUAGGGUCCAGACUAAUUUGGGAGGGGGGUAACUGGGGAUGGAAACCAGGGCCUUUGCACUGAGCUACAUCUCCAGCCACCACAGCCCUCUUUUUUUUUUGAGUCAGCAACUUGCUAAAUUGCCCAGGUUGGGCUUGAACUUGGGAUCCUCCUGCCUCACCCCCCCCCCCCAGAGUGCUGGGGAUUACAGGCAUGUGCUACCAUGCUCAUUUUAAUAUAGACCUUUUUAUUGAAAUUAUAUUAAUAUAGAGCUUAUGGAACUUUGUCUUGUAAACCCUCUUGUACAUUCAUGUGAAAAAAUUUUCUUCCAUAAUACAAUGAGAUUCAGAAUGAGAGGAUUGAAAUUAUUAUACAGUAACCGUUAAGAAUAAGAUUCAUUUUCACUACUUAUUCAAUUUCUGGCAUAAUUGUUUAAUAUAUAUAUUAUGUAUGUGUGUAUAUAUAAAUAACCUUCAUGGCUAGAAUAGAAAUUCAGGGGCCAGGGAUUUAGCUCAGUGGUUCCGCCUGCCUUAGAAGCGCAAGGUCCCAAGUUUGAUCUCCGGUGCCAAAAAAAAAAAGAAAUUCAAAUACUUUUGAAAAUAAUAAUAGAAAUGUAGUGAUCUGUUUUUUGCAAGAAAACUGAAAAUAUAUUCAGUGAAGAGUACCAUGAAAAAGAACAGUCUCCAAUUCAGUUGACCAGAACAGAAUUUUUAUUAACUGUGCACAUGUUUAAUAUAAAUGAUGAUACCUGCAGAGCAUAAAUGUAAGAGUUGAGGAUAUGUCAGUGGAACAGGUUUUUUAGAAACAAACUUGAGGGCUGGGGAUUUAGCUCAGUGAUGCUGCCACCUGCCUCGCAAGAGCAUGGUCCCGCGUUUGAUCCCUGGUACCCCCCCCGCAAAAAACUUUGAAAACGUUGGUGCCUAACACUAAAUGGUCCACUUGUAGGAAAACCCAUAAUUAUGAUGUAUGAAUGUCUUUUUUUAUGUUUAAAUGUGUUGUCUAUUUAAUAAGUUAAUUAAAAUGCAGAUUAAAGCACCACUGUUUGCUUUUUCCACAGUUAACUUUUCCUUAAAGUAUGUAAGUAGCUUUGCAAAUGUAAAGUAGCGCUAGAAAAUUUCAUUUAAUGGGCUGGGGAUUUAGCUUAGUGGUGCAAUUGCCUGCCUCACAAGGGGAAGGUCCUGAGUCCGAUCCCCAGUACCAAAAAAAAAAAUAAAGAAAGAAAGAAAAUUUCACUUAAGCUGUUGAGAUCUGAUUCCAUUCCAUGAGUUGUCACUUAGCCGUUGUUUAAAAAAAAAAAAUACUGUAUUGUUAAAAGUCAUUGUUAAUUGGACUCAAUAUGGGCUGCAUUUUUGCAGUCUGGUGUAGCAGUGUCUUUUAACACAGAUAAUAGAGCUAGAAAACAUGCUUUCACUUUUCAAUUACAAGAAGUCUAGGUUUGUAGCUAAAGGUGUAUAUUUAAUACUGUAUAGUUAAGAGUUCAGAACAAAUGAUAAUGUUUUUUCAAUUUAACUCCUUUUGUGCCUUUCUUGGUCAUUAAAACAAAUAUUUUAAUAUGUUAUUUAUUUGUGAAAUGCUAAUCUUCAGUCCAUACCAAAAGACAAAAAGAAGUGGGGAGCCUCUUUGCACUACUACGAUCAGUCAAUUCUAAAUCAGUUGAAUUUUUAAAUAUUUUUUAUAGCUUACCUUAAAGUAAAUCUGAAAAAACAAGUCUGACAAAGACACUGAUUUUGAUGUGUAAUCACAAUAUUUUAUACCUACCUUUAUUAAUUAAAAAUAAUUCUACACGCAAGUCCUGACCCAUAAGGGACUUGCUCCUGUUUGGGACCAGCAGAUGCUGGCUGUCCCCGGAGCCAUGUGCUUGCCCCUUUGGGAGCCAAGGUGGGACAAGAACUGUGCCUCUCUGUUCCUGCACUCAGAGGCACCUAGGUGUCAGGACAGGCACGGUCUUUGACAAAGUGCUCCUUUCUUCAUUCAAAGUCUUAUGAAAGUUUCAAAAUCUUGCCUUAAAUUGUUUGAACUAUUUUUUUAGGAUUCAAGUAUUGUGGCAUUUAAAAAAAACAUUCAGGGGUGGGAAAUUUAACUCAGUGGUUCCGCCGCCUGCCUCGAAAGUGCAAGGACCCGAGUUUGAUCCCCAGUACCAAAAAAAAACCAUUCACUUUUGAUAAACUUUUGAUAAGAAAGGAUUGAAGCCUCACUAUGAUAAUGUAUAGAUUUACUCACAUACUGUUUCAUUAACAGUACAAAUAUGAAUGAAUAUAACUAGACACACCUAUAAGAACCAAAUACUUUAAUUAGGAUAGUGAUUAAAGAUGUAUAAUAUUUUUAUUAAUACUUUGAAUACAUUUCAGUGGAUUGAAUGUGACUUCAUAACUGUACUACGAUUGUAUUUCUGGAAUAAAGGAACUAUCCUGUCA